CCGAAUCCUCCACCAAAUCACCGCCCUCAUACACCUCAAUCUGCGAAACCGUUAUCCCCUUCGCGUAAUCCUACCCAGAUAUCCCUACUGUCUGACAAUAGCCGCUGUGGACCGCGGUUACCAGCAUCCCACUGAACGUGUGACAGGUCUUUCUAUUGAAUAUGGAGAAACAUCCUGAGACAGUCCCAGAAAGCGAACGUAACGAAGAACAUGUGGAGCUAGGAGAAGGAGAGAUAGGAAUACACGAGCCCGGAGAGAAUGUGACCGAAAUUGUCUUUUGUGGAUAUGCCUUCCACAUCAAGCACGGGGUGCCCCGGGAGCACAGAGAAGAGCUAUGGGAAUUGUGGGCCACAGAAAACAUUACAUACGAGGAUAUUCCAGAGCACUUGAGAGUCUACGAGUUUACCCCGGAGGAAUAUGAGGAGUUGGAGAGAGAGGAGAAGGAUUUCAAGCGUGGUGGGUUUGUGGCCACUGGCAACAAGGAUGAGGACAAGGAUGAGGACAAGGACGAAGACAAGGAUGAGGACAUGGAAGAGGGUAGCUUGCCAGGAAAGCCUUGAGGUGAUAUUGACAAGGUUUUAUGUUCACCAGACAGUGUUCUAUGUUACUGGUGUCAUUGAUCACACGCUUUGUAUUUGCCACGACGUAAGGGGAAGUCGACGAAUGAAGGAUCGAGACAAAGAAGUUUUCCGAAUGGGAUCCUAACAUGGUGAGUUCCAGGAUGAGGAUCAAAUGAUGGCUUACUAUGCUGCCAGAGUGACU